GUGUUAGCAGCAAGCGAUAAGAUGUUGAAGACAGAGAAAGCAUUGAUGACAGCCGUUGCCCCGUCCGCAGUGCACACCGACGCAGACGAGACGGAAAAGGACAGAAUGCCGCAACGGCAAUGUAAAAAAUGA